AUGCUUAGUCCCAAGAUUCAGCGGUCAGUUCGUGUGAACGACGGUCAACUGCUUGCCCUGUCUGACAGGGCUCAGUAUGACCACUCACAGGCUGGCUACCUGCACAAGCGGAGCUCUGACAACACCAAAUGGCAGCUCCGGUGGUUCAUACUGUAUCAGAACAUGCUGUUCUACUACGAGUCGGAGAACAACACGCGCCCCACUGGCGUGCUCAUGCUGGAGGGCUCCUACUGCGAGCGCCUCAGCAAGGCGCCCAUGGAGAGAAAUGCUUCGUUCUGCUUCGUGAUCUCAUACCGUCGGGAGAGUCAGCGGCAGUACGAGCUUCGUGCUGCAUCCGAAGUGGACUGCGUGCACUGGGUCGACUCCAUACGAGAGGCCAGCUUCAACAAGCUGCUACUCCAGAAGGAAGAGUUGGAACAGAAGCAGCUGCACCUCCUGCAGGUGGUGGAAAGCGAGAGGACCUCGCGGUGGCAGUACGCGCAGCAGUGUGACGAGCUCUCUAAUGAGGUCAAGAAGUUGAGGACUGAGUUGUGCACAUACAAGAAAGAGCAUGAACCGACUGCGCGAGCGGAGUCUACAUCUAGCUCGUCUCCGAGCCACUCGCCAGAGAUAGACCCGGCUGAACUCAGGAAGAUCAAAAAAGUCCAAAGCUUCUUCCGCGGCUGGUUAUGCCGUCGCCGCUGGAAACAGAUCGUGGACGAGUACAUCAAGAGUCCUCACGCGGAGAGCAUGCGCAAGAGGAACAGCCUCGUCUUCAAGAUGGUGGAGGCUGAAGAGGAGUACUUGGAGCAGAUGGAGAUUAUGGUAACCUGUUUCCUCCGGCCCUUCAAAAUGGCGGCCAGCUCCAAGAAGCCGCCGUGCACCCACGAGGAUGUGAACUCCAUCUUCCUGAACAGCGAGACGGUGCUGUUCCUCCAUCAGAUCUUCUUCAAAGGGCUCACCUCGCGCAUGGAGUCCUGGCCUACUUUGGUCUUAGGAGACCUAUUCGACAUGCUUCUGCCGAUGCUCACCAUCUACCAGGAGUACGUGAGGAACCACCACUACUCGCUGCAAGUCCUAACCGAGUGUAAGCAGAGCCAGCCCUUUGCGCAGCUCUUGGCGAGGCUGGAGAGCAAGCCGGCCUGCCAGAGUCGCUCGCUGGAGACGUUCUUGACGUAUCCUAUGCAUCAGAUCCCACGUUACAUAAUCACCCUGCACGAGCUUCUGGCGCACACGCCACACGACCACGUGGAGCGGCGCAGUCUACAGCACGCGCGCGCGCAGCUUGAGGAACUGUCACGGCAGAUGCAUGAUGAGGUCAGUGAGACAGAGAAUUUGCGGAAGAACUUAGCGGUGGAGCGCAUGAUCAUUGAAGGAUGCGACAUACUGCUGGAUGUCAACCAAGUCUUCAUACGACAAGGAACCCUCUCCCAAGUGGUAGGCAAGGGUCGUCGCGCCACCCUGCAGGCUCGACAAGCGUUCCUGUUCAGCAACCACCUACUCCUCACCACCAGGGCUGCAGGCGGCAGGCUGCACCUGCCUCCAGCUGGGAGACUGCCGCUACAUGACGCGCUGCUAAUUGAGGAUCCAGCUAAUCAUGAUGACGAUGAUACUACAUCAGUAUGUUCAUCUCCCGGAGGUGAUAUCUACCAAGGCAAAGAUUUCAAGAUUCUCGUCGAAGUCAAGGGGGAGCAGAUUUGUGCUCAUUUAGUCGCCGGCAGCCUCGAAGAGAAAGCGGGCUGGACUAGCGAGCUCGCGCAAUGUAUGGAAAGUGCAGCCCUCACAGAGUUACUGAGAGCCUGUGGGGCUUGUGGAGCAGCAUCAGCCAGUUUACCAGCCUGUCGGUCUGAUAGGGCACUGUUUACUGAUGACGUCGAUAUUCGAUUCAGUAGGACCUUGAACUCCUGUAAGGUGCCGCAGAUCAGGUCGGCGACACCACAACGGUUGCUGCAGAGGUUGACAGAUCUCCGCUUCUUAUCCGUGGACUUCCUAAACACAUUCCUGCUGACCUACCGGGUGUUCACCGACGGUGUGACCGUCCUGGAGGCUCUGAAGCAGGUGUUCUACGAGCAGUCUCAGCAGGAGAUGGAGUUGGCUCCACCACCUGACUCCACGAGGAAAACUAGCGCCGCUAGCUCAGUUUCUGGUUACGGAUCAGAAUACAGCGACCGGGACUGGCAGUCGAGAUUCUGGCGAGCUUCAAGAAAAAGCGAAGAUGAAGACAAACUGUCUCCUUACUUGGCAGCACCCUCAAGAAGGACUUCCACAGCCAGUAAGUCUUAUUUCUACUAACAUGCUUCCGAAAAGGCUGAGGAGGAUAACAGUCAUUUGACUAUACCCAAAAUAAUGGCAACGUCAUCUAGUAAUGAGACUUUGAAAGGUACAUCGCCUUCAUCUCCUGGAGCAAUCAGUUCAGUAACCCUGGUUGGAAGUCCAAAGAAGGUCAGUCCAGUUCAUGAAACGAACUCCAAGAAGAAACAGUCACCAAAGGACAAUGAUGCAGCCGCAGCCCUGAUGAAGGAUGAGAGUAUAGAAAUGGUAGACCAGAGUGAUGAGGACAUAAAGUAUAAGGAAGAAGAGCAAGAGAAGAAUAAGAAGAAGCCUGAUGAUAAGUUUAAAAUAUCACAACGAUUUUCAGAACGUGUGCGCACUAUGUCGGAGUCCCCGCGUCGCCUGCAGCCCUCCGCUGCUGCAGCUGAUGCCAGGAGACGGUCUGACAGCGCCAGGGAGACUGCGGAGACGGCCGCUGCUGACGAACCCAGGAGAGCUUCCGAUUCUGGUACCAGAUAUGCUGCACGAAGAUCUGUUAGCGAGCGCCGCUACACCAACUCGUCAAUCAAUAGCGAGCGACGCCGCUACUGGGGCGGGUCGGAACCACGGUCUUCUGUCACCUCUCAGGUGUCACAUGCACAGAAUUAUCGGCGAGAAACCAGUCAACCAAAGGCGGGUGUCGUGAUCACAUCUUUCAGGCAGUCUCAUAGAAGCUUUGGAAAAGACCUGUUAUGGAGCAGUACAUCUACUGCGGCAGUAGCGUUUGCAGUAGCCACUUCAGCUUCAUCAAAUCCAAGAUCACCACCACCGAAUUCUCCUCCAGCCACUCGAAGAGAUUCUGUUAUAUCAACUGCUGCUACCAUGAGGGUGCUCAAUGUUUUAAGGCAUUGGAUAUCCAAGCACUCUCACGACUUCUGGUCUGACGAGCGUCUCCGAGGGCUCACGAUGGACUUCCUCAAGGAGAUCGAGGGCAGUCCAGGGUUGCUGCCAGCUGAACAUAAGGCUGCAGCACAACUGCUGCGUCUACUGGAACGAGCACCUGAUAGGAAUGUUGACUUGAAGACUCUGUUCAUUCCACCUCAUGUGCCAACCAAAGAAAGUGUUGAAACACUCUCUGCGUUAGAAAUUGCAGAGCAAAUGACUUACUUGGACUAUCAAAUCUUUAGUUCAAUCAACAGCGAGGAGUUCUUAGGACAAGCGUGGACAAAGGCAGAUAAAGCUGAGAGAGCACCACACAUUCUCAUGAUGACCGCGCAUUUCAAUCACAUAUCCAACUUGGUGAUAUCUGAGAUUCUGAAGAAGUACACAUUGGCUGGUCGCGUAGCCGCAAUAGAGAAAUGGGCAGCAGUGGCCGACAUCGCCCGUUGUCUGCACAACUUCAACGGAGUCCUACAAGUUUGCGCCGCAUUGUCCAACACAUCGGUAUACAGACUCAAGAAGACUUGGGAGAAAGUUUCUAAAACUAGUAAACAGACUAUAGAACGAAUGCAGACGAUAAUAUCGUCGGAAUGCAGGUUCAGGAUUUUGAGAGAUGCUUUGCACAGGUGUGACCCUCCUUGCAUCCCAUACUUGGGUAUGUAUCUAUCAGAUCUGUCGUUUAUAGAAGAAGGGACGACUAACUACACGCCUGAUGGUCUUCUCAAUUUCUCUAAGAUGAGAAUGAUAGCGCACGUCAUCCGUGAAAUAAGGAAUUUCCAGCAAACCCCAUACAAGAUUGAUCAUAUACCAAAAGUCUGCGAAUUCCUCCUGGACAAAACUCUAGUGAUCCCCGAAGAGCGUCAGUACACUCUCUCCCUGGAGCUGGAGCCGCGCGUAGCCCGGGGCUCGGGCGCGGGGCUGCCGAGCGGCGCCUCCCCGGGCUCCUAG